AAGCAAAAAAGGAAGGCCCGCCGGCCGCUCGGCCGAUGCCUGCGAUGCCUGCGGGGCGCGUGCGAGCAGGCAGCGGUGUUGCGCGGGGGGGACGCGCUCCUAAGGGGUGCGUUCCCUAGCUCGAUUUUGUCCCGCUUUCCAGCACUGCUGCCGGCUCCUGGCGGCCGCAAGGCGUGAGGCUCCGCGCCUUGCCCCGCCAAGGCCCGGCGCGGUGACUCAGCACUUGGGCGGGGGACGGGGCCGGGGCCGUGGCCGGCCGGGAAAUCGGGCAGGCAGCGCUGGGCACCGCGCACAGGGAGGGUAGCAGCCGGCAGAGGGGACGGGUGCGGGGGUUUAAAAGAGAAUUCAGGUGUUUAAAACAGCUGUUGGAUGAAAUCUCGCUACAAGGAUUGUUGAAGAUCCAAGUGUUACCAACAUUUGAUUUCGACUUUCAAGCAGAGAGACUGUCAGCUCCAGCAACAUGGGGGAUGGUGUCAACUUGCAGUUCCGUCAGCAGCUUCUGCUCAUUGAUGGAAAUCUGGGGGCUGAAGAUGUAGCAGCUUUAAAGUUUCUCUGUACUGACUUGAUCCCCUUCAAAAAACUGGAAAAUGUACAGUCUGCAGUGGAUAUCUUUCAGCUUCUUAUGGCUGAAGAUUACCUUAAUGAGGAAGAUACUUUCCUGCUAGCUGAACUCUUAUACAGGAUUAAAUGUCAUUUCUUGCUCCAUAAACUUGGCUAUACCAAGGAGAAAGUGCAAGAAUGUCUGCAUGAGAAGGGAAGAGUGUCUCCAUACAGGCAGAUGCUGUAUGAAUUGUCAGAGAACAUUACCAAUGAGAUGUUGCAGGAAAUUGUAUUCCUCCUGAGAAACCGUCUCCCAAAGCGACGUAGAACUACUUCUGCUCUAGAAUUGCUGAUUUUAUUGGAAAAACAGGGCCUAUUAACUGAAAACAAUGUACAGAUGCUGGAGGAAGUCUGUAUGAAUGUUUCACCUGAUCUCCUGGAAACAGUUAACAGCUACAGAAGGGCAAAAGUGUCUCUGCCUCAGCAGGAGAAUACUCUGCCAGUCAAGGAAUCUUCAGUGUCUCACACUGUAGGCAUCAGAGCAUUGAAUUUCCCACAGGAGACUUCAAUCAGAUCUGUCAGUUCUAAUGUCAACGAUCAUUAUGCUGAAGAACCUUGGAGCCUUUGGGAGCAUGUUGGAAAUGUGCACUCCAUACCCAGCAGGCAAGAUAACAAAGCGGCUACUCUUACACAAAGCUUGUCUAAAAUGAACCUGAAUCUGCCUAGAGAAUUCAGCAAUGUAGAAAAUGAAUCCAAGAAGAUAUCAAGUUACAAAAUGGAUGGCCCAAAGAGAGGAUUUUGUAUUGUUAUUAAUAAUGUUACAUUUGAUGGGGUUCUUCAAGAGAGGAAGGGUUCUUCUAAAGAUGCUGAGGAGCUAAAGAGAGUAUUCACAUGGCUUGGUCUGGAUGUGAAGACUUACAUAGAUCAGACAUCUGAGCAGAUUAAAGAACUCAUGGAAACGUGGCAGCAAUUGAAAGAUCACAAGGAUAGGGACUGUUUCAUUUGUUGUAUUCUAUCUCAUGGAGAGUCAGGAGCAAUCUAUGGGAAAGAUGGAGAGCUUGUAUCAAUCCGCAUGAUCAUGUCCUACUUCACUGCCAAACAGUGUCCACAGCUAGCUGAAAAACCCAAAUUAUUCUUUAUCCAAGCUUGCCAGGGUAAAGAGAUACAGCGUCCUGUCUAUGUUGAAGCUGAUGCACGAAUUCCUGACUUCUCUUCUACGCAACAGAGCCUUUCUCCUUCUGAGAGUAUUCCUGAAGAGGCUGACUUCCUCCUAGGCAUGGCCACAAUUGAUGGAUAUGCCUCUUUCCGGCAUGUUCAACAGGGUACUUGGUAUAUUCAGGCCCUGUGCAGCAAGCUGCAGUUGUUGGUACCAAGGGGUGAAGAUAUUUUGUCCAUUCUUACAGAAGUUAAUGAAGAUGUGGGCAGGCGUGUUGACCGCUGGGGGACAAAGAAGCAGAUGCCUCAGCCAGCUUAUACCUUAAGAAGAAAAUUUAUAUUUCCUAUACCUAGAGACCCUCCUCCUUCACAGCAAUAUUGAGGCUUUUUAAAUACAUACUUUUGUCAUCACAUCUCAUUUAAAUGCAAUUCACUGCACUGCCUGUUUAAGGCAGUUACUCAGACUUCUCAGGAGCUGUUAGUGUCAAGGCAAGGCCUUUUUUUUUUUUUUUUUUUUCCCCCACAAAGAAACUGUGAGUAUACACAGUUAAUACAAUCCAUGUGCCAGCUAUUUAAAUAACAUAUAUAUACACAGUUUUCAAGGUUGGGAGAAGCAUGUUUCUAUCGUGUUAAACAUUUUUGUGCCUGCAGACACAAAAGCGUACGUCUGUCAGCAUAAGGGUUACAUGUAGCUUUCUAUAUAUUCUUUAUAUAUCUAAACCAGGAUGUUAGGUUUAGGCUCGUCAUGUUUUAUUUUGCAUGCUAACAAUUUUUAAACCUACCUCUAAAACCACUAGUUUUGUUCACAGAGAAGGACAAAGGAGGGAAUAAGAGGAGAAAGCUUAAGUAGUAGACAGAGAAGGAUUUCGUUCGUCUCUAAUUUAAAUUACUUUUAACAUGGAGAAGCAGGUAACUCUUGAAAUCAGCAAUUUGUUCAGCAGUGCUCACUGAUGCCAUGUAAUAGCUAACAUGAACCUCACGUACAGUGGUAUGUUUCCAAAAUUGAGUAUAGCCAAAAUGCUAUAGAACUCCCUCUGUGAAAACUUGUGAACUGUCAUUUCUCCAUCACUUCUUGGAAUAAAAGUUAGGGUAUUCCAGUUAUGCACUGUGAAAUAAUGGCACUCAGCUGUGUAUCUGCAUAUGUUCAUCAGAUUGAUUAACUUAAAGCAUUACAUUUUCUGAUUUCUCAUUUUAAGGUCUAAAAUAAAGCUGUAUAAGGACACAAGCCUUCUUCUUGAUUAAGCUUCUAACAGCAUGUUUUAGCAUUAACUGAAAUAAUAUAAUGUUAUUCUGUUAUGAUACUAUGUGUAUCUGCGUCCUCCUCUUUGUUACUGAAUUAAAUGUAUAUAUAUUUUUUAAGAGCUUGGGUAGACAUAACAUUUGCAAUGGGCUAACGUUUAUCCUUGUUUCUGCCUGCCUGCUGCACUUAAGAAUACAAUAGAAUAGAAUAGUUUGGUUGGAAGAGACCUUCGAAGAUCAUCUUGUUUACCUGGCUGACCACUUCAGGGCUAAGCAAAAGUUAAAGCAUAUAGCUGAGGGCAUUGUCCAAAUGCCUAUUGAACACUGACAGGCAUGGGGCAUCAACCGCCUGUCUAGGAAUUCUGCUCUAGUGUUUGACCAUGAUAAAGAAACUUUUUCUAAUACCCAGUCUGAACCUUCCCGGCGCAGCUUUGUGCCAUUCCCUUGUGUUCUAGCUUUGUUGGGCUGCAUGGCUGCAUGAAUCAAUGGGAUUUUAACUGCUUCAGGUUUUAAGCUGAAGUGAAACUUUGUUUCAGCAAAACACUGAUUUUUUUCUACAUUUACUAGGCAUAAAAUAGCUUGAAACUUAGGGUUAAGAUUUGAGAUAGCACAGUUGAGUGCUAUUGGAAGCAAUUUUUAGUUUGCAAUAUAAAAGAUUUUUAGGAAGGGAGUUUUUGCAUCAUCCAAAGCAUUAAAAUACAGCCAAUUUGCCAAAACAUGUCGGUUACUUUUUAUCAUGAUGAAUUGACAGGUGUGUGACCCAUAGCAUCCUAUAUCUUAUGAAUUAUUGUCACUGCUACACUUGAAGUCACACUUGUGCCACAGAUAGAAAAUGUUUUGUCUGUUAGUAGAACAUAUAACAAACUUAACAGAUUGAAGUGUCUGGCUCAAAAUUGCUAUUCAGACUUGGUGCACUCUUCUUUUGUAUGUUUAGGUAACAAUUGAAUUUUAUCAAUACAGAGUAAACACAACAAUCUUGACCUUG